UUGAACAGUUGGAACAUUUCCCUUCUUGUUUUGGCUCUCUCAUUUUCCUUGCUUCAAAGUUCGUCGGGAUUGAGUGAGGACUAAGCACGACGAUCAUGCUUCAUCUCUCUCUCAAUUUCCAGGCUCAUUUGACUCUCCAGAAAACCCAGUCUUACCGUUACAGGAGACCUCUCAUCUCUGCUUCAGUCGCUCUGGAGACUGGAGUUCAAGGAUUAUCAUCCCCGCCUAAUUCUUCUGUCUUAUGGGUUGACCAGAGUAAAGAAAGAAUUAGGAAGCUAUUCAAUGAAGUUGACUAUUCUGUUUCUGCCUAUGAUACCGCCUGGGUAGCUAUGGUCCCUGAUCCACAUUCUUCCCAGGCUCCCCUUUUUCCCAAGUGCUUAAAUUGGUUAUUAGGUAGUCAGCUUCAUGAUGGCUCAUGGAGUCUUCCUCAUCACCAUCCCCUAUUGCUUAAAGAUGUUCUAUCCUCCACUCUUGCAUGCGUUCUUGCACUUAAGACAUGGGGGAUCGGUGAAGAACACAUCAAAAAGGGUGUUCGCUUUAUCGAGUUGAAUUUUGCUUUAGCAUCUGAGGAGUGCCAGUUUUCUCCAGUUGGAUUUGACAUAAUAUUUCCAGGCAUGCUUGAUCAUGCAAGAGAUUUGAGCUUAGGUUUUCAACUGGAACCCAAACUCUUAAACGACUUGAUUCAUAAGAGGGAUAUGGAGCUUGGAAGAAUCCGUGAGAGCCACUCAAAGAAGAGUGAGGCAUUCUUGGCAUAUGUAUCCGAAGGAUUGUUAAAGUUACAAAAUUGGGAUAUGGCCAUGAAAUUUCAAAGGAAGAAUGGAUCACUCUUCAAUUCACCUUCAGCAACUGCAGCUGCUGCUAUUAAUGUCCAAAAUCCGAGUUGCCUGAAUUACCUUUAUUCGGUUAUUGACAAGUUUGGCCCUGCAGUCCCAGCAGUUUACCCUUUGGAUAUAUAUGCACGCCUUUGCCUGGUUGACAAUCUUGAGAAGAUGGGUAUUUCUCAAUAUUUUACGAAUGAAAUUCAGUGUGUAUUGGAUGACACAUACAGAUGCUGGCUGCAGGGUGAGGAAGAUAUAUUUGCAGAAACAUCGCACUGUGCCCUGGCCUUCAGGUUAUUACGAAAGCAUGGUUAUGAUAUCUCCUCAGAUCCAUUAAUUGGUAUCCUGGAAGAUGAAAGCGCUUCCAGUUAUUGUUGUAAUGGAUCCUGGAACGAAGUAAAUGCUUUAGUGGAAGUAUAUCAGGCAUCACAGAUGGCAGUACAUGAAAAUGAAUCAGCUCUAGAGAAACAAAAUUUAUUAUCGAAGCACCUCCUGAGGCAGCAUAUUUUCAAUGGCUGUGAUUCGAAGGGAUUCCCUAACCAAAUCUUCCAACAGGUUGAAUAUCUUCUCAAUUUUCCAUCCCCAUUAAUUUUGCCACGGGUUGAGAUCAGGAAGAACAUAGAGCAUUACAACGUGGAUAGUGGAAGAAUUCUGAAAACUUUAUAUCGCUCGUCAAAUUUUGGCAAUGAAGAUUUGUUAAGGUUGGCAGUCAGAGAUUUUAAUCACUGCCAACUCAUUCACCGCAAUGAACUGGAAGAAAUAGAAAGGUGGUAUACGCAGAAUAGAUUGCACGAACUGAAGUUUACAAGACACAAGGCUAUAUAUGGCUUCUUUUCUGCUGCAGCAACCAUAUUCUCACCUGAACUAUAUGAAGCCCGCAUGUCAUGGGCCAAAAAUUGUGUACUGACUACAGUGACUGAUGACUUCUUUGACGUGGGAGGUUCUGAGGAGGAACUAAGAAACCUUAUUGAUUUACUUGAACGGUGGGAUGUGAAUAUCAGCAGUGAUUGUUGCUCAGAUAUCAGCAGUGAUUGUUGCUCAGAGAAUGUCCAAAUCGUAUUUUCAGCACUGCGUAGUACCAUCUCUGAGACUGGAGAGAAAGCAAGCAAAUUGCAGGGACGCAAUGUAACAAGCCACACGAAAGAGAUUUGGCUAGAAUUGCUCUACGGAUUUUUUAGGGAGUUUGAAUGGACUAGAGACAAGACGGUGCCAACAUUGGAUGAAUAUAUGGCAAAUGCUUAUGUAUCAUUCGCCCUGGGGCCGAUAAUGUUCCCUGCCAUUUAUCUUCGGGGGCCAAAGCUAUCAGAAGAAGUUGCUCGACAUCCUGAAAUGCGGUCCCUUUAUAAGCAUGUUAGCAAUUGUGGUCGGCUUCUUAAUGAUAUGCGCGGCUUUGAGAGGGAAAGAAAGGAAGGUAAACUAAAUUCUGUGACUCUACGACUGAGUCCAGAUGGUACGGUUAGUGAAGCAGCUGCAAUUGCAGAGGUGAAAUUGCUGAUAGAAAAUGAAAGGAGGAGACUGCUAAGAUUGGUUUUGCAGAAGGAUGGUAGUGUAGUUCCAAGAGCUUGCAAGGACAUGUUUUGGAAUCUAAGCAGAAUACUACAUCAAUUUUACUUCAACAAUGAUGGAUUUACAUCAGAAGUGGAGAUGGUUGAUCUCGUAAAGGCAAUUUUUCAUAAGCCAAUACCUUUGGAGGAUUUUGAAUAGCUUCUCUAAGGAUCAAACGAGUCCGGUUAUGGGAGGAGGUUAUGAUUGUUAGACACACACAACUGGAGAUCCGAAUGACUAGUAUUUGAAAUUUGCUGUCUCGUGUACAGGUUUUUCAAUGUAGCUUCUCCAAAUAAUUAGGGCCACGAUGCGUGUAUCCCUGGACUAUAGUGGGCUCGACACAGCUCGGGUUUAAACGUUGGACCAACAUUAAUCUUUAAUAAAGUUCAAGUCGAUUAAAGCCCAA